AUUUCUAAAACAACUGUCGUACGUUCGCGGUAGAAAUAGACGACACAGAGAGGGAGGAAUGACUGUGGACUGCCCGCUCCACCAGCCGGACCUCGCGCCGAGCAUUCAACAGAUUUCCCGAGCGGAAGAUGCUUGUGCCGAGUUCUGAGCUCCAUUGCUCUGUUCUCGGAGGGUUGUUGUGGGAAGCUUAGAGAUCCAGUUCGAAUUUCAGUGUCAGUUUUUGUAACGUCGCCUGGUUUUGAGACGAGAUUGGGUUCAGGACCGACAAAGAGGGGGUUCUGCUCGGGGUUUUUGUGUCUGGGUGACGACUGCGAGAUGAAAGCCGCAGAGGGGUUCGGCUUCGGCGCGGGCUUGAUUCUGGCACGGUGGAGUCAGUACCUGGAAGUCUGUGUGUUGGGUCGAGUGUGGUAUGUGUGGGUGAGUUCGAUCCGCUGGUUCUUGUUUGGAAGAGUUGACGUCGGGGAGGUUAUGGUCAACAGGGUUGGGAAAUAUUCUAGGCAUCCAGUGUGAGUCUGACUCCACUGCUUACUGAAUUGAAAAUAUUCCCUCGCCGUUGUCAGAAGUGUUAGAUUGAUGGGGGGGUCAAGGUUUGGCGGUGCGACGGCCUGCUCAUUGGUGUGUGCAUGCUGCUAUUGAUGGUGAUGAACUUAAAGACAGGGGAAUCUUAAGGGAUUCUUCUUUCCAGUCUCCUCAUUCAAGUUAACACACCAGUAGAGGACACUUUUCUGCCGAAAGGAUUUUUUUUUUAAAGAAGUAUAUUCAUCUGUAGUUCGGGCAAAGAUCAUCGAAAUCCCACGUCCUGCUUGGCCUUAAAAGGUUGUACCUUUCAAAUCUAGUGAAUGAUUCAGUGCAUGAUGAUUGCGUGCGGCUUGGGAAUGGGCCAGAUUUGUUCUAUGUGCCCUGGCUGGUUGCUCAGCACCAGGCACAGGCACGGACUCGAGAAUAACAGGUUCCAAGGAAUGAACGACUUGUCUGAAUCCUUCGUAGAAAUUCGGGGGAUAUUGUUAUGACAGUAGACCCCACUCGAUUACACCAACUCAGGAUACUAGGCUGACGUACAAUCUGAGUGUGCACACUAAUCUUACGAGAACAUGGCAGAUGGGGACUUAACCUCGAUCUUUAGCCAGCGUACUCAACCAAUUUCGGAUCCCUGGGGUGUCGCGGUUCCGCAACAGCAGCUUCUGCACUACCGGCAGUUUCCGCAGUUGUUGCAGGACUUGGAUAAUGCGCGCCGGGAUUAUUCCAGUUGUCAGCCGCCGCAGUCGCCGUGUGACAUCCAGGAACAGAACUCGAAUUUGAGCAACAGAAUGUUGCAGGCUAAGGUGGGAUCGUACAACCCCGGGUUCUCGUCUCUUCGCCCCUCUGCUCUUCCUUCGCAGAACCACCUCAAUUUUCCUGCAGUAUCUCCCCAAAUAGUGCAAUACUCUCUGCCACAGGCGCUCGUCGGCACGAAAGGGGACUACCAAGGGUCGGAUUUCCACUUGCAAGGAAGUCAGCCCACAAUUGCUGCGGGGAGCAAUGCUUUCACCGAGGUUAUCUCAAGGAUCUCCCCAGUCGGACGGGAUACACUCGCCGGUGCGGACCAGCAGCAUCAGGCUUUAUUUGUCGAAAGUGGUAAGAAUAUUGAACAUCCACAGCUCUCGACGUGGCCGUCGAUCACAACUCUCUACAAGGUGGACGAGCGCGCCACGGAGUUGCAGACUGACACUCUGGGGGAAUUGAGGUCGGGGCCGGAGUAUGUUGCAGAUCUUUACACGGGGGGGUUGCUACUGUGUGGCCAAGUCUACAACGAAGGUCGGUGCAUGGAGGUGCAGAGUAACUCUUUGUCAUCUGGAGCUGAGAGCAUGCCAAUUUUACAGCAGAAUUUCCUUGGCGACGGAGGAAUAAUCAAAGUUUUGGACACUGCGUCUAAUAGACAGAGUCAGCCAACAUCCGCCACUGGAUUGCAGAUCGUACAACUCCUUCUGUCAUGCGCGGAAGCCAUUUCCAACCAGCAGAUAGACGUGGCGUAUGUGUUUCUGAGGCGGCUCAAUGGGAUGCUUGGUCAUUGUACCACCACAAUGCAGCGCCUUGGUACUGUGCUUGUGGAUGCGCUAUACGCACGGAUAACAAAUUCUAUUGACAGUGGGCGUUACAAGGGGCUGGAGAAGGACGGUGAUGUUGCAAUUCUGGACAUGCUGCAUUCUUUCAGUGUGAUUUAUGACUACACUCCAUUCAUCAAAUUCCCCAAUCUGACUCUGAAUCAGAUUAUACUCGACGCAGUUGAAGGCGCGCAACAUGUUCACGUGAUCGAUUUGAACACCGGGUGGCGGGGAAUGCAGUGGCCGGCUGUCAUCCAAUCUCUCGCCUUGCGGCCUGGGGGACCACCCCACCUAAGGAUCACUUCUAUCGGGAAACUUGAUGAUCUUGAGCAAUCUAGGGAGAAGUUACAAGAUUUCGCUCGCAAUUUGCAAGUUCCCUUCGAAUUCUGCCCUCUGGUUGUCGACAUGAAGUCCUUCGACGUGCGGUUGCUGGACUUGCGAGAUUGGGAAGUGCUCUGCAUCAACAGCGCCAACCAGUUCCACCAGCUGCUUACAUGGGGUGACGAGCGGUUUCACAGAUUCUUGUGCGAUCUCCGGUCGCUGAACCCUCGCGUAGUGGCAUUCUCCGAAAACGAUGCGGAUCACAACAGCCCGAAAUUCCUCAACCGCUUCUUCGAGUGCCUGCGCUACUACUCCGCGGUCUAUGAUGCUCUUGACGCUGCGCUGCCCUCUGGCUCCCCAGCUCUCCAACAAGUGGAGCAUCUCUUCACGGGGCAGAAGAUCCGCAACAUCGUGGCGUGCGAAGGCGAGGAUCGGAUAACUCGGCACGAGCCGAUGAAGAACUGGUCGCGACGGAUGGAACUGGCAGGGUUUCGGCCAAUGCCUCUCAGUACCCGGGCCAUCAGCCAAGCGCGGGCUCUGCUCGAAAUUUACUUCUCUCUGAGCGGUUACAACCUACGAACUGAAAAUGGCAUUCUUGUCCUCGGUUGGGACAACACGCCGCUUGUGGGUGUCAGUGCAUGGCGGGCGUGACUGUCCAAGCCGAGAUCGACCGCCGCGUUCAGUGUACAUAAAAUCAACAGAUGUACUUUCCAGAUUGCCAAGUACUCGCGGGUCUAAACUUCCCUAGCUCUCCCGAUCCAUUUGCCUUGAGUGUUGGGUUAUGACAAGCACGUUCUUGUCGUUAUGCGUUACACAACCCACGAGGGACUCCAGACACGAACUCCUGCGCUUGAUCUGUACAGUGUAUAUUGCUGCAACUGCGCGUAUUGCGAGUUCCGAUCGACGCCUUCGCUGUCCCGAAACUGUCGAGAUGCUUAUCUCUGGGGCAGUGCGUAGAUUUGCGGCUUGACACAACCUCGGUUAUAAAUCCUGUUGAUCAGAGUUCAUAGUUGGUUCAGAGUUUUCUAUUGAAGAAUAUGCCUUUCGCUUUUGUUUCCAGUGGUAUUGAUUGAAUCAAUUAACCGCAUCAACGAAAUCCUACAAUCAAUGCACCUUCUGUAUCUAGAUUUCUAUCCCUCUUACGCUGCAUUGAAGAGCAUUGAAGUUACAGUUUGUUAUGGCUUAAAAAUAGCGCAGUUCCUAAUCAAUCAUACUUUUACAUUUGUUUUUGUGUUAGAUAGGAUUACGAAUAUCUUACAUCCCACAAUAGAAGUGGGGCAUAGGCAGUUUGAAUCCCAUGUAUAACAUUCAACAAUCUUGAAUCUAACUCAAAAAUGUGGUGCCAAAGUUGUCUAAAGUGA